AGCGAGGCGGGCGAGGAAGGAGGCAGAAGGAGCCGCGGCGGCCCAGGCGGAGGCGGAGGCGGAGGCGCAGCCGGCUUGAUGGGGCCGCAGCACUGAGGGGGAAGGAAAGCAGAGAGCGAGAGCGAGCGAGCGAAGGAGGAAGGGAAGGAAGCGAGGGAGGGGAGCAGCAGCAGCCCCCCCUCCGCCGCCAUGGCCGACCCGGCCCCCGCCCGCAGCCUCGACGACAUCGACCUCUCCGCCCUCAGGGAUCCCGCUGGCAUUUUUGAACUGGUGGAGGUGGUCGGCAAUGGGACCUACGGCCAAGUGUACAAGGGCCGCCAUGUCAAGACUGGGCAGUUGGCUGCCAUCAAAGUCAUGGACGUCACCGAGGACGAAGAGGAAGAGAUCAAGCAAGAGAUCAACAUGCUGAAGAAGUACUCGCACCAUCGCAACAUUGCCACCUACUACGGGGCGUUCAUUAAGAAGAGCCCCCCCGGCAACGACGAUCAGCUCUGGCUGGUGAUGGAGUUCUGCGGUGCUGGCUCGGUGACGGACCUGGUGAAGAACACCAAGGGCAACGCGCUCAAGGAGGACUGCAUUGCCUACAUCUGCCGGGAGAUCCUCAGGGGCCUGGCCCAUCUCCAUGCCCACAAGGUCAUCCACCGAGACAUCAAGGGCCAGAACGUCCUUCUCACCGAGAACGCGGAGGUGAAGCUAGUCGAUUUCGGGGUCAGCGCUCAGCUGGACCGCACGGUGGGGCGUCGCAACACCUUCAUCGGCACCCCGUACUGGAUGGCCCCGGAGGUGAUCGCCUGUGACGAGAACCCCGAUGCCACGUACGACUACAGGAGCGAUAUCUGGUCGCUGGGGAUCACCGCCAUCGAGAUGGCCGAGGGAGCGCCACCCCUGUGCGACAUGCACCCCAUGAGAGCUCUCUUCCUGAUCCCCCGCAAUCCACCACCCAAGUUGAAAUCCAAGAAGUGGUCCAAGAAGUUCAUGGACUUCAUCGACAACUGCCUGAUCAAGGCCUACACCAGCCGCCCCCCCACGGAGCAGCUCCUCAAGUUCCCCUUCAUCCGGGAUCAGCCCACGGAGCGGCAGGUCCGCAUCCAGCUGAAGGACCACAUUGACCGCACCCGCAAGAAGAGGGGGGAGAAAGAUGAGACGGAAUACGAAUACAGCGGCAGUGAGGAGGAAGACGAUGGGCGGGGCGAGGAAGGGGAGCCCAGCUCCAUCAUGAACGUGCCGGGCGAGUCGACGCUGCGCCGGGAGUUCCUCCGCCUGCAGCAGGAGAACAAGAGCAACUCGGAGGCCCUGAAGCAGCAGCAGCAGCAGCUGGCGGCCCAGCACCGCGACUCCGAGGCCCACAUCAAGCACCUCCUGCACCAGCGCCAGCGGCGCAUCGAGGAGCAGAAGGAGGAGAGGCGGCGGGUGGAAGAGCAGCAGCGCCGGGAGCGGGAGCAGCGGAAGCUGCAGGAGAAGGAGCAGCAGCGGCGCCUGGAGGACAUGCAAGUGAUGCGCCGGGAGGAGGAGCGCCGCCAGGCCGAGCGGGAGCAGGAAUAUAUCAGGCACAAGUUAGAGGAGGAGCAGAGGCAGCUAGAGAUCCUGCAGCAGCAGCUCCUCCAGGAGCAGGCCCUGCUCUUGGAGUACAAGCGCAAGCAGCUGGAGGAGCAGCGGCAGUCGGAGCGGCUCCAGCGGCAGCUCCAGCAAGAGCACGCCUACCUGAAGUCCCUCCAGCAGCAGCAGCAGCAGCAGCAGCAGCUUCAGAAGCAGCAGCAGCAGCAGCAGCAGGAGAAGCAGAAGCAGCCCUUGUACCACUACAACCGCAGCGCCAACCCCGCCGACAAGCCCACCUGGGCACGUGAGGUGGAAGAGCGGACGCGCAUGAACAAGCAGAACUCGGCCUCCCCCGUGGCCAAGGCCAAGCUGGGGGCCCCCCCCUCGUCCUCCUCCUCCUCCUCCUCCUCCUCGGGGCCGGACUCCGCCCUCCAGCCCCGCUCGGAGUCGGUGUCGCUCAGCUCUUCCCCCGCCUCGCAGACCCCGCCCAUGCAGCGCCCGGUGGAGCCCCAGGAGGGGCAGCACAAGAGCCACCUGGCCCACCGCGUCCCGCUCAAACCCUACGCUGCCCCCGUCCCUCGCUCCCAGUCGCUGCAGGACCAGCCCAGCAAGAACAUGGCCGCUUUCCCUGUCCAUGACUCCGCCUCUUCCUCCUCCGCCCCCUCCCCACCGCGAGCGGGCAUGAUCCGGCAGAACUCCGACCCCACCUCGGAGGGGCCUGCCCCACAGCCGUCCAGGCCCACCGCUGAGCAGCGAGGACCCUGGGUCAAACUGGAUCCCGAGCCCCCCCCCAAGGUUCCCCAGCGGACGUCCUCCAUAGCAACGGCACUCAACACCAGCGGGGCAAUGAGCGGCGGUGUCGGCGGCGGCAUCAGGCCGGUCCAUGCCGUCCGUGCCAGACCCCGUAGCAAGUCUGCGUGGCAUAUCCACAUGCAGAGCCGGCUGGAGAGGGGCCCCAAGUGGGGCGCUCCUUGGCCAGUCCCUGCUCUCCCCCAGGCGGCAGGCCGGACCCCGUCCCGGGACCCGCUGGCUUCCGGGCCAAACGCCAGUAGCAACCCCGACCUGCGGAGGAGUGACCCCGGCUGGGAGCGCGCAGACAGCUUGCUGCAAGCAGGGGGCGCCAACCUACCCCAAGCAGGUUCGCUGGAGCGCAACCGUGGAGGAGCUCCCCUGAAGCUGGACAGUGCCCCCAUCCUGCCACAAGGGAACAAGCCCAAGGCGGACGACCAUCGCUCCCGGCCCGGCCGGCCAGCAAGCUAUAAGCGGGCAAUCGGAGAGAACUUUGUGCUGCUGAAGGAGCGGCCGGAGGAGGCGGCCCCCAAGCCCCUCAAGAAGGCCAUGGACUACUCCUCCUCCAGUGAGGAGAUGGACUCCAGCGAGGAGGAAGAGGAGGAGGAAGAGGAGGCCGAGGGAGAGCACUCUGAGACUGGCACGGACACCCCGGGGGCUCGGGACGGCGACACGGACUCCGUGAGCACGAUGGUGGUGCACGAUGUGGAGGACUUGACGGGUGGCGGCAGUGGCGGCUCAGAGAGUUCUUACGGCGAGGGCACCAUGUUGGUGCAGCGGACCCCCGAGGAGGAGCGUGGCCUCCUGCACAGCGACAGCAACGGCUACACCAACCUGCCCGACGUGGUUCAGCCCAGCCACUCGCCCACGGAGGCCAAAAGCAGCAACGGCUCCCCCUCCCCUGCCAAGGACGCACCUACGGAUUACCAGUCUCGGGGGCUCGUCAAGGCGCCUGGGAAAAGCUCCUUCACCAUGUUUGUGGACCUCGGCAUCUAUCAGAGCUCCCCGGGAGGGGGAGACACCAUCCCUAUCACUGCAUUUGACCCGGGGCGGCUGGAGCAGCUGCAGCUCGAAGCCCGGAAAGGCUCGGUGGUCAACGUGAACCCCACCAACACGCGGCCCCACAGUGACACGCCGGAGAUCCGGAAGUACAAGAAGCGCUUCAACUCGGAGAUCCUGUGUGCUGCCCUGUGGGGGGUCAACUUGCUGGUGGGAACGGAGAACGGGCUGAUGUUGCUGGACCGCAGCGGGCAAGGGAAGGUCUACGGCCUUAUCAACCGCCGGCGCUUUCAGCAGAUGGACGUCCUGGAAGGGCUCAACCUCCUGACCACCAUCUCUGGGAAGAGAAACAAACUCCGUGUCUACUACCUUUCCUGGCUGCGGAACAAGAUUUUGCACAACGACCCUGAAGUGGAGAAGAAGCAAGGCUGGACCACCGUGGGGGACAUGGAGGGCUGCGUCCACUAUCGCGUGGUCAAGUACGAGCGGAUCAAGUUCCUGGUUAUUGCGCUCAAGAACUCAGUGGAGGUGUACGCCUGGGCCCCGAAGCCCUAUCACAAGUUCAUGGCCUUCAAGUCUUUUGCUGACCUGCCGCACCGGCCGCUGCUGGUGGAGCUGACCGUGGAGGAAGGCCAGCGGCUCAAAGUGAUCUACGGCUCCUGCGCCGGCUUCCACGCCAUCGAUGUGGACUCAGGGAACAACUACGACAUCUAUAUCCCCGUGCACAUCCAGUCGCAGAUCACCCCCCACGCCAUCAUCUUCCUGCCCAACACGGAAGGGAUGGAGAUGCUGCUUUGCUACGAGGACGAGGGCGUCUACGUCAACACCUACGGGCGCAUCAUCAAGGACGUGGUGCUGCAGUGGGGAGAGAUGCCCACCUCCGUAGCGUACAUCUGCUCCAACCAGAUCAUGGGCUGGGGGGAGAAAGCCAUUGAGAUCCGCUCGGUGGAGACGGGCCACCUGGACGGCGUCUUCAUGCACAAGCGGGCCCAGCGGCUGAAGUUCCUGUGUGAGCGCAACGACAAGGUGUUCUUUGCCUCGGUGCGCUCUGGGGGCAGCAGCCAGGUGUACUUCAUGACGCUGAACAGGAACUGCAUCAUGAACUGGUGAGGGAGGGGCCUCAUCCAGCCCCCCCCCAACCCCCCGCCACACCAGGAGGAACGGGAUGAGGCGGAGGAGGAGCAGCGUGGCCGGAACCCCACUGCGCUCAGGCGGCGGACCAACCGGAGCAGCGCGGCCCACGAGACCUUCGCCUUGGCGGUUCAUUCCUGACCUCGGCCUCCCCUUGCCGCCAUUUUGAGGCAGGGGGGUGAGGCCUCUGCCCCCCCCCACACACACACUUACUCUCCCGGCCUCCCUGGGAGCAGGUCGAGGGAGGACUCCCUGAGUAGGCAUCCCCGGGGGAAUCUCGGCAGCGCUCCCUCUGCAGGGCAGCCGGCAGGAGCCCCGUGUCCGUCCGGCCGUCCCAAUCCCAGAUUGCAGCAGCGUUUCUGUGGCCCUUGCAGGAUUGGAGGGGGCAGCCAGGAAGUGGAUGAUCAAAGCCAAAUCAUGUAAAUAAAGAAAACAGCUGGGA